AUGAACAAGGCCGUACUCCUAUCUCAACUCAAACUUGAUGAAAAAUUGGUCGAAUGUAUAUAUGUGUUUGGAUCGCAUGCGUACGGCACAGCAAGUGAACAACGACAGAGUGAUUACGAUAUUGUGAUGGUACUACAAUCACAUGCAUUGAAUAUUCAUCCAUCAUUGAAAUGGAAUAGUGUAAACUGGUUAAUAAGACACAAUUGGAUAAAUCCAGAUUUUCGUCAUUUAUUUUCUGAUAUAUCGGAUAGGACAUGUUUUAUUGAUUUGGGCGAUAGAGUAGGACAAGUAUGGAUAUUCAAUGUACCUACUUUUUGUAUGCUUCUUCAAACAAAUACAAUAUUUGCCAUUGAAUGUGUUUAUCUGCCAGCAGAGCUCAAAUGGAUUGAGAAACGAAAGUUUUCUGAUGAGUUUCGUGUCGAUGAAAAAAUGUUAACACAAUCCAUUAUUAACCAUUCUCGAUCUCAUCUUUUUAUGGCAUGUAAAAAUAUGAUAGAAAACUUAUUUCCAAAUGAAAAUAAUGAUACAAAUACUCGAGAAGCAAUCGAUAAAAUGUCAAAAGAUCCAAUAUGGAAUCAUACACCAUUACCUAAUAAUUAUAACUUUUAUAAAACAAAAAAAUUAAUAUGGCAUUCCGUUCGGUUACUCUAUUUCGGUAUCGAUAUUAAACGUUUCGGUCAAUUGACAAAUUACACUAGCGCAAAUUAUCUCUAUGAAGAUAUUCUUGCUAUGGAAACUCACAGAUGGAUUGAUUUCGGAGAGAAAUACAUGUCAAUCUAUACUGAACUAACAAACAAGUUUAUUAAUCCAGCAUGA